AUGGAGACAGACAACAAUGAGACACUCAUCUUCUAUCCUGCGUUCUGCUUCAAAGCAUCCCCAACGCACUUCACCUGGGUGAAGAUUGGUGCUGCAGACGUCCAUCGUCUUCGAAAAAUUGGAGGCUUUGUUGGCCAAAAAGUAUUCUUCUAUAACAACCACCCAGUCCGCUUCGUCAGCCUACUAGGCCUCAUUGUAGAGCGAAAAGAGGUCUACCGGCGCACGAUCUUGACCAUGGACGACAGCAGCGGCGCCAUAAUCGAGGUGAUAGUGUUACACAAAUUCGACCCAAACAACAGACCCGGUGGCACUGAAGCGCGAAAAGAUGUUCAUCAAGGUCAAAUAAACAUCUUUACUGGCGAACCAAUAGACGCCGAAAAGACACCCUGGUCUGCUUUCUCGGCCACGGAGCGACCCUCCUUACAGUUGAAAAAGACGGUCCACAUUACCGCAACCGAUCAGCACGAGGUGGACAUUUCCUCUCUUCAACCUGGGUCUCUGGUUCGGGUCAAAGGCAUUCUCGGAACAUUCCGUAACAUGAUGCAAAUCCAUCUUGAGCGCUUUGAGCUUGUGGCGGAUACCAAUGCAGAAAUGCAAUUCUUGGAUGAACGCUUGCGUUUUCUUCUCGAAGUUCUCUCCGUGCCGUGGGUUCUGACCGACGACGAAAUUGAGUCACUGCGCCAAGCUGCCGAGCGAGGCGAUGAGAAGGUCCUCGAGGAGAAGAGACGAGCCCAAAUGAGAGCAAGGAAGAGAGUUGAGCGCGAAGAGAAAGAUGCUCGUACUAUCGCAAGGCGGUAUGAGCGCGAAGAAAAGGCGAGAGAACGGCAAUUGGGCGCUCUGAGAGAGGAUGGACAGAUGGUAAUGAGGAGAUUUGGCUUCUAA